UGGCGGCCAGAUUAGAGUGCGAUAUGCAUUGCUUGCUGAUAUUUUUAAUAAUUAAAGUGUGAUGGUUGUUCAUUGCAAAAAUAUUAACGAUUAUCGCCGCGAGAAUUAAAUUAAGGAGUGAUUUAGGCAAAGAUAUUUUCGUUAUUACCUUAUUUUGUUCAGUUUUUACCAGUGAAGUUGACUGGUUUGUACUCACUCGGUGUUAUACUGUGUAAAAGCAGUAAAACUGUGCCGUCACUGCUGUGUAUCAAUAAUCAUGGCAAGGAAUCGCGUCUGCAACAUUUGUGAAAAGUCAAUAACUUUACAUGGACAGAGUGAUUUGAAAAAUACAAUGACUUGCUCAUCCUGUAGUGACAUUUUCCAUUUCAUGUGCCUUGAACUACAUAAAGAAAUUCACCAAGUUAUAUGUUCAUAUCCAUGGCAAUGCAAUGAUUGUAAAUCAUGUGAAGUAUGCAAAAGUGAUAAAAAUGAGAAAAAGCUUCUGUGCUGUGAUGGAUGUGACAAAAGUUAUCAUACAUUUUGUUUAAAGCCACAAUUGGAUAAACCUCCAAAAGAGGAAUGGAUAUGUCCAAAAUGCAAUUUGGCUGAGAAAAAAGAAUCCAUCAAGAAUUCGCCUAAGGCUAAUAAGUCGCCGUAUCGAACUUCACAAUCUACUCCUACUAGACCACUAAGUUUAAAAGGACCAUUCACGAAAUCGCCACCAAAACACGGUAGUAAUUCACACAGUUCACCGAAUCAAAUAAAUGCUGCACGCCUUGGAAAGCGACAGAUAUUUGGAAGUCCUGGCAAAUCUGGUAGAGAUGGCGGUGAUUUGGUUGACAUAUGGGAGUUCAGAGACGAUACAUCCGAAGGAGAGAAGAAGCUUAAAAGAAAACUCUCCGAGGAAUGUUCCACUUCGCCUAAAAAGAAAUCAACAAAAAACGAGAGCAACAUUCGCCAAGAGAAAACAAAAACCACACCAAAAACAGGCGAAAAGGGGAGAAAACAUUAUAAUUUUCAUAGAACUUGCCCGACGCCGGGAUGCGAUGGAUCGGGUCAUGCUACUGGUGUACUUUUGUCGCAUCACACGCCAUCGGGAUGUCCUAUACUUCGUUCGAAGAAGAAAAAACGACAGCGAAGAGAGGAGAAGAGUUCGCCAAAGAAAUUCCAAAAACAUUCCAAAUCUCCUACAAGACGAAGCCAAAGGAAGCCGAUUCCAGCUUCGAACGAAUUUCAUCUAACCCAUUCGCUUAAAGUGAGCGUACCAUCUUUAUCCAAGUUACAAACUAAAAGCUGCCGAGAGAGACAUGAAAAUAAACCCCGUGUCGAGAAUUCGAAGACUGCAACGUGUGAAACAAAGACACCGGUGACAAGGACUCCUAUCUCAGCCGCUAAUUACAACAAAUCAUCGUUUAGCAAAGAGGAAGAAGAGCAUUUGAAAGAACUAGUGACUGAAUACGACUUUAAUAUGUUCAUGAGAGCCAAAGAGAAGGCUGCAAAGAUGGUGGGAACCUUUGAACCAACCAGCACAAGUUGUAAUGUACGUCGUAUUGAAUUCGGUAUAUACGAUAUCGAUGCCUGGUACUCAUCUCCCUAUCCGCAGGAGUAUUUCCAUCUUCCGAAAGUUUAUGUGUGCGAAUUUUGUCUGAAGUACAUGAAAAGUUUGACCAUCUCAAGAAGACACAUGGCAAAGUGUACGUGGCGUUACCCGCCAGGGGAUGAAAUCUAUCGCAAAGGGAAUAUUUCUUUCUUCGAAGUUGACGGCAAGAAAGAAAAGACCUAUUGUCAAAACCUCUGCUUGCUGGCUAAACUUUUUUUGGACCAUAAAACCCUCUAUUACGACGUGGAACCUUUUCUGUUUUACAUUCUGACGCAACGUGAUAACACAGGAUGCCAUUUAGUUGGAUAUUUUUCAAAGGAGAAAAAGUCCCGUCUGAACUACAACGUUUCCUGCAUAUUAUGCCUCCCACCGUAUAUGCGACGUGGGUUUGGAAAAAUGUUGGUCGCGUUCAGUUACUUAUUGUCGCGAACUGAGUGUAAAACAGGCUCUCCUGAGAGACCUUUAUCAGAUCUUGGUCUGAUAAGUUACAGAAGUUAUUGGACCGAGAUAGUCCUUGGAUUCCUGAACGAUAACAAUGAUGACGCUGUCUCUAUAAAAGACAUUAGUGCACUGACAGGAAUUAACACCGCUGAUCUUAUCAGUACUUUGCAAUAUCUGGGAAUGCUCAAGUAUUGGAAAGGCAGCCAUAUUAUUUUGAAACGUGAAGACAUUCUUAAGGAAUAUCAAGACAAAAUAAGAAAUCGUCCGCCAAAUUAUGGCGCAGUUGAUCCAAACUGCCUGAAAUGGACACCGCCUGACCAGAGGGAGGAAAAAUCGUGAGGGAAACAAAAACUCUUCUCUUACAUGAAGACGAAAUGUUGAUGAUAGAAAGGCUUCUCUGAUUAUGCGUAAAGCAUCGUGACAACGGAGACAAAAACAAACUUCUCCGAUUGACGGGAUAAUUUGAGAACAAAUAAACAUUUUGCCGUGUUAAAAUUUACGGGUAUAUGUGUUCAAGGUAGAUGCAAGCCAAAGUAGGGAGAGAUCCCUGGCUUUGGGGGGAGGACGCGUUUAAGGAGCGUCUGGCGACAUUCCAAGCGGCAAAAUUUACAUUUUUAGGCUUCUAAAUAUUCUGAAAAGUAGAGGUUCCGUGCUGGAGGUUUGGGCAUGAUCUGGCAAACCUCCAGGUUUGUUGUGGGUAGCCCGUUUGCGGGCUAACCACUAUGCUACACGCAAAAAACGAUGAGCGAUGAUGCAUGUCUGUCCGCCGGGUUUGUUUAUCUACGAAAGAGACUGGGCACAGCCGAAAUUUUGUCAGUCUGAUCGGUGUAAACUGGCUUCAACUUUCAGAUAAAUUAAUCGCAGAAAUGGUAUUUCAUUGGUAUUUCAUUGAUUAUUCUUAUGUCUACUUUGUUAUAACUGAAUCCAACUAGCAAACUAGCCCAUUUUUGCCUUUGCGUAUAGCAUUAGAACGUAAAACUAAGCAUCAUGCAGUUGAUUUCCACGCCAUUAUUGCGGCCUGUCAUUUGACAUCGAACAACACUUGAAAAUCUUUGCCAAUGCUUUGGAGGCUACCCACAUGUAUGCAUUGCAUACCUAUUUUUUUUUCUUGUAAUUAAUAAAAUGAGUGAUGAAUGAAGAUUUUACCAAAAUUUGACGAUCAGCCAGGGCGAAAUCUUCAAACAUCAGGACUACUGUUGAUUCCUACCUGUACGAGCAACGUCACAAGAUUAUUUGAGUUUGUUGUCAGGCAACCAAUUUAGGCAACCUCGUACCGAGAGCAUUUUGACGUCGUCCUAAAUGUGCAGACUAGUCCCUAGUCCUCCUUAGCGUGCCUUGCAUUCUUGUGACGUCACCGGUUUGAACGCGCGGGAGGGGACCAGAGGACUAGCACAAAAUGUC